AUGUCAGGAGUGAUCACAAAGUUUGCGGUUACAUCCAUGGUGAUGUGGAUGGCCCCAGUUGCGAUCAUGUAUGGGUUCUACUACCAGGUGUUUCCAGGUGUGAGUCAGAUGUCAUCCUCAGCGCAGACACUUGCCAGCGGGUUCCUGGCUGUCAUAUCAGUUAAUCUGGUGAUCGGCUUUUACAUAUUCAUGGCGAUGAAGGAGACUCCACACCAGGAGCCACAGCCAGAUCCCACCUUCCUGGCGAACACCAAAGCGAGUAUCAACCAGCCAACAUCCUCUCAAGUGAGUGAUGAUUCCAACGGGAAGGGAAAGGACAUGACAAAACCAAAACCUACUUCUGAUCUCACCUCCUUCAGCAGUAGCAUCAUACUCAAGUUCAACUCCACCACUGCAUUUGUCACGCUAGAUGAAAUUGCAAUCCCUAAUGCAAUACCAAUGGGUGCAGUCAGGGAGAAAAAACUUGCCAUCAUGACGGUAGCCCUCAACUUGAAAUUUGCCUGCAGGGAGGAAUGGGAGCCAGAGGAUGUUAGCUUUUUUGUUGAUAUGAAGCACAAUAUGAUAUGA